UUUCACCUGUCGCGUUUUUGUGCAAAAGCCUUGUCUUAAAUGGGAUUUAAAUUCCAUAGGCAACUGUCUAGUGCUUCUUGAGCUAUGGGCUUAAAAAGAAAGGCCUCAGAAGGCCUCACAACCCCGAAAAAGAUCCUUAAGCAGUCGGCACUGGACUAUACCGACCCUAUAUACGAGGAAGCCCAUUCUGAUGCCGACUAUGUAUCGUCUGAUGAAGGCAGUGUAAAUAGUGAUAGUCUACAUGAGACCCCAGCCACUCCCAUCUCCACAAUCUCAGCCAGGUAUCCAUCCGAGCUGAAAACUCACCGCUGCCCUUUCGACGGAUGCACAAAGGCUUUCAAUCGCCCAGCGCGGCUCCAGGAACACCUUCGUUCGCAUAAUAAUGAAAGGCUUUUUAAAUGUGCUCACGAUGGCUGCGAUAAGACUUUUUUGCGAGCUUCACAUCUGAACCAUCAUGUGAAAAGUGCUCACACUGGAGUCCGAGAUUAUGUAUGUGAUCGACCGGGAUGUGGGAAGAGCUUUGUAACUGGGUCACGUCUUCGUCGACACUUGGCUGCCCAUGAUGGGAAAGAAAAGUACCGUUGUACGGAAUAUCCGCCUUGUGAUGAAACUUUCAGGAAGCAUUCAACUCUCCAGAAACAUAUAGCAACUGUUCAUUUGAACGAAAAGCCAUUCCAAUGCCCGCAUGUCGAUCCAGAAACUGGACAGAGAUGCUCAAUGGCCUUUGACACUGCUGGCCACCUCCGAGCCCAUGAGAGCAGACUUCACACAGAGAAACGAUUCAGCUGCGCGGAGUGCUCUCAGCGUAUGGAAGUAACAGACACGGUCUCGGAGGAUCCCUCAACUAGCCUGUCUUCAGUCACUUUCCCCACCUAUGCUCUUCUUCAGGCUCACAUUAAAACCGCUCAUCCUCCACAAUGCCCUAGCUGUUCAAUCACAUGCUCGACAGCCCGGGAACUACGUCGGCAUCUCGAAGUCGCACACGGUGACGUGAGUCUCGAAGAACGGAAGAUAUUUCCAUGCGUAGUCCCCGGGUGUUACCGAAGCUUCACAAAAAAAGGGAACCUGACGGUCCACAUCCGAACCGUACAUCAAGGAGAGAAGCGAUUCGUCUGCGGUGAGGUAGAUCUCUCAAAUUCGAAAAAGGUGGUAGGGUGGAAUGGCGAUGGAUGUGGGAAAAGAUACGGAAGCAAACUUGCCCUGGAAGAACACAUUCGCACCGCACACCUUGGAUUUCUAAACGCUAAAGCUGAACGACGACAACGUCUCGGUUUGGGUAAAGGCCAACAGAAUGCGCAAAGUAAAUCCACCGGCAUGUCAGCAUUAGCGGCUCUAACGGGUGAGGGCUAUGCCGAGGAAACAGGCCGCCACAUCGCAUGUUUCUUUGAAACUUGCCCCCAUCGCUUUCACCGCAAUUACGAUCUAUGGGUACAUAUGGGUAGCAAACACGGCUGUACAGAGGAUGAGAUCCGCGAUAUGUUCAUGCAGCGAGCAUUAUUGGCUGAAGAUCCAGAACCACUUACCGGUGACAUUCUUGGAAUCUACGGCCUCGAGUUUGACAACGGCGACCCCUCCUACGAACCGUAUAUACUAGGCGAAGCCUCUGGCAUUAGCGCAGACCUGAAUGCGAGUGACAACAAUACCUUCGCAGACCUGAACUCGACAGAUUACCCCGGUACCUCGGAAUUUGAUUCUAAUUUCAUGAUGCAAGAUGUUGGUUCGAAGAUACCAAAUGAUGACGACAUAGCAAUGAUUGACCCUUUACUGGCAUAUAAUAUGAUGGACGACGCAUAGAGGAACUCCUUGCAAUAAUUCCGGGUCGCCGCUGAUUGGCAAUGCAAUAUUUAUUAUGUUUUCCCCUUUUUUCUUUCCUUUUUCUUUUUAGCCUAGUGCGCAUUUGAUACCACAAAAGUACCUCGCAGAAUAGUUUAGAUAAUGAAGUAUAUGCCACUCUAUCCCUCAAAACA